AGUGAAUACUGACCUGUGUGUGUGUGUUCCUAAGACCUGCUUCUGAGUGUGGUGGCAGCUCUGCUGGUUCUCAUGGUGGUUGUGGUUUGUGUGGUGAUCAAGAAGAAGAAGAGACAGUUGUCUCACCAAGUGUCCAUCUACAACCCCAACGGGACCAGCUUCCUGCCAGAUCACAACAGGAGGUUCCCCAAAUCACGAAAAGAGAACGAGUCCCACAUCUAUGCCUCGAUCGAGGACACGCUUGUAUACAGCCAUCUCCUGCGAGACGAGGCAGAGAUGGGUGUCUAUGGAGACCAGGCUGUGGAUGUGUACCAGAGCUUUACUGGGCCUACAGAGACAGAGCCCCUCUCUCUGGGGACAGUCCAGAGGUGAGCAUCUACCAGCCUUUUGUGCCCCCAUCCCAUAUUGCCCCACCCGUCCCCAAUGGACCCUUAAGUCAAGCCCAGUUGCCUAUGGUGGACAACGAGCUGUAUGGCUCCAGAAGCAAUGGUGACACACAUGCACAGUCUCAACCUAACAAUAUGAACACAGAGCAGGCUCCAACGGUAGAGCCAGAGUUUCAUGACUGAAAGGGAGAGAACUGUAGGUUGGGGGUAUAUGCCAAGCACAGUACCAUAGCCCUUCUAUUCAUAUUUUAUCAAGUUUCCUGGCAUGUACAGUACCAGUCAAAAGUUUGAACACAUCAAGGCUUUUUCUUUAUUUUUGCUAUUUUCUGCAUUGUAGAAUAAUAGUGAAGAC